AUGGCGACUGGCAGCACCAGAAUGUCUUAUUCAAAUAAUUUCUACCAACAGCAAAAUGUUAAAUUUGCCACUUUACCUCAUGGAUCGUCAACAAAAGACGGAGAUCUUACAUAUGACAUGCAUCACAAAAUGUCCAAGAAAAUCGCCCAGUUGACGAAGAGGAAGAAUGUAUUGGAUAAUGUAGUCCUAGAUACAUUGUUUGAAAUGAAGAUGGGAUGUUUACAGAUUGACUUGAUGAAAGAACUCAAAGACAAGCACCAUUCUGUGAUAGAAGAACUCCAUAAGCACUACCAGGAGGAAAUCAAGACCCUUCUCGAUGCGAAAAACAUAAAAGAGCAUGAAAACAUGGCUAGCGAUCAGCAGAUAACAUUCUACAAGGAUGAAGCUGAACAUUGGAAAAACGAAGUUAGUGAUUUUGAGCAGGCAAAAAGUAAACUGAACUUAGAAUGGGAGACAAAAAUAAGUCAAAUGAAGGAUGCACACAUGGAACAAAUAUCUCUGUUAAUUGAAGAGAAAAAUAAAGAACUUAAAGACAGUUUGCAUAUCUGGAUGUCUGACAAAGGGAAAUUAGAUCAAGAAUCAAGUAAGGUGAAGGAGGAGUUCAGUCGCAAAGUUGAACAUCUUGAGAGUGAGAUUAGUCGGAUUCAGGAAGAAUCUGACAAGUACAAAUCACAGUUGGCUCUUCUCAAGAAGGAGUUAGAAGACAGAGAUGACAGCACUUCUAACUUAAACUCAAAGUUGGAAGAAUCUCAGGUGGCAUUGUCAGAGGAACACUCUCUGUGUAAGUUAUUGCAAGAAGAGGCCAUCACAAAAGACAGCACAAUAAAGCGGCAACAAGGAAAUAUCUUGAAGUUAUCUGCCACAGUCAGUGAUCUAGAAGCCAGUCGUGUCCAAAGAGAAACAGAAAUCCGAUCUCUACGACAAAAGCUGGAUGAACACCAAGUGACUAUCACAGAUUUAGAAACAGUGAAAAGGAAGUUGCAGGUUCUACAGGAGGAUAGUGAAGCCAAAUCUGCAGAAAUGCAACAGCUUAAAAAGAUGCUACAUGAUGCUAACUCUGAAAAGAUGAUUAUUGAGUCACAGAUGGAUGAAAACACUCAUGAAAUAAAGAUAAAGUAUGAAGAAGAAAAAGAGGCUCUCAUAAAACAGAAGGAAGCAGAGAUUGCUCUGAUGAAAGAAGCAGAACAGAAAAGCAUAAUGAAGAUACAAAACGACAUGUUGGACAAAUUCCAAAAACAGAAAGAGGAGUUUGACAAAGAAAUUCAACAACUGAAGCAACAAAAUAAGUCUGUAGUUGAAGAAUUUGAGAAGAUUGGGCAGGAAUUGAAAAGUCAGCUUACUAACGCGGAAGUAAAGCUCCAGAACUUUCAGCUUAUGGUACGAAAUAGUGAAGAGAAUUUGUCAUCAGCAUCAAGCCACAUAACAACAUUAAAAGAUGGUGCUACUCGAUUAAAAGAAGAGCUGGAUGCAUGUCGAACCGAGCUGAAGGCCUCCAAAUUAGCAAACAAUCAAUUGCGGAAUGAACUAGCCAAACAACAAGCGAACCACAAGAAUGAAUUAUUGAAAUGUGAGGCUGCUCACCAGAAACAUUUAAAGACAGUUUGUGAUGGACUUGAAGCAAAAUCAAAAGAAUCUUUAAGACUGGAAUGCAACCGUGUUCGUGAGCUGGUUAUUGUCCAGAAGGAAACUGAAAAGCGAGAAGCCCUUGAUCAAAUGUCUCAUGAUAAGGAUGCAGAGAUAAAAGCAGCCUGUAAAGGAUGGGAAGAUAAAGUUGCUCAGUUACAACAAGAGAUAUUUUCACUGCAAAGUGAACUGUCCAAUGCUGUGAGCCGUUGUGCCAUUCAAAUUGAAGAAGAGAAAACUCGGUUCAGGUUAAUGGAGGGCCAAUUUGAACGUGAUGCACUUUCCUUUGAUGAAAGACUGAAACAAGAAACAGAAAGAUUAAAUGAGCUGCAGAAGACUGCGAUUAACGAAAUCCAUUUGGUUCACAAAAAAGAUAUGCAGGAAUUUGAGGCAAAAUUGAUAAGAGACCACCAGUCGGCUUUACAGGCACUGCAGCUGGCUCAUGUGACUGCUCAAGAAAAAAUCACUGAAGAACAUAAGCAAGCAUUAUUGCAACAAGAGAAAGAGUUACAGAAACAACAUGAAAAAAAUAUAGAGUGUUUACAAGAAGACCUGUAUCAGAAGCACCGGAAUGAAAUCUCUUUGCAACUGGAGUGUCACUUGAAAGAAAUAUCACGGCUGAAAGAAGAACUGCAAAAAAUACUACAGACAAGCAAACAGAAGGAUCGGGAUCAUCAGGUGGUUAUGUCAGAACUGAAAAACAAGAUUGACUGCCAAGAGAAGCAAUUCUUUGCCAUAGAAGAAGAAAAGAAGAAAUUGAAGGAGACCAUUGCAGAACUAAUGGUCAAUGUGAAUGAAGAGAAAGAGAAACAAGAACAUAUGAGGGAAUUCUUCAGCCAAGAAAAGAUAGAAUUAAAAGAACACUUCGAUACAGUUAAGAAACAAGAGUUAGAAAAUAUUGAGGAAGAUUAUGUCCAUGAAAUGCAGAAAAUGGUAACAGAAUUCAGUCGGACCCAAGAAUUGAUGACAACGAAAAUAACAUCUCUGAACAGCGAACUGGUAAAAGCUGAAGAGAAAUACUCAAAUCGAGAGUCUCGUCCGGAAGACCUUGAAGAAAUACACCAUUUGCGUGAUGAGAUUCAUAAUAAAGAACCAAGGCAAGAUCAGAACCUCCUCCCCGCAAAUACACCAGUGCCCCCAGCUUACAGCAGAUACAGGUUUCUUCCACUUUACAACAGAACCAAUGUCGUCUGGAACACUUACCGGGAUCACCAGUCCAUGAUGAAAAGCUAA